AUGGCGCGCUGUCUGGCGGGAUAUCGCGACAUUUUCCGUGAACAGGCUGAGAAGUAUUGCGAAGAGACCACCAUCCAUGGUGUCAAGUACUUGGCCAGGGAGAGGUCAGCUAAACGCUGGUACUGGGGCGUCAUUGUGCUGGGCACGUUCUGCUCAGCGUCGUUCCUCAUUUACGGCGUGGUGGACAACUACUUCCGGUCUCCGACACUGGUCAGCAUUGAGACGACCGACUACCCGGUGCACCGGAUCCCUUUCCCGGCGCUGACCAUCUGCAACCUGAACAAGAUCAGCAACAGCAGCCUGCCGCCCGACCAGCAGACUGUGCUGGGAAGAGUCGUGUACCCGAACGAGACCGAGUGGCGUCAGCGCGUGCUGGACGCUCUGGAGAUCGCCUACAUGGACUCGUGCGCCGGCGGCCGCUGUCCCCUCUCGGCCGACUCGUGUGAGGGAGACCACUGCCUCCCCUCGGCAGAAACCCGCCGCAGAACACAUGACAUACCUCCGGAACAAGUCCGGAAAAUCAUGGCGAUGACUUCACCGUCGUGCGAUGAGAUGGUCGUCGCCUGUCUCUGGAGAGGCCGGAAGACACCAUGCUCGAAACUCUUUAAAACGCAACGGACCGACCUCGGCUACUGCUGCCUGUUCAACGCGCACUACGACAGCGCCAAGCAGGACGGGGUACUGUACAGCGGCUCCGGUAACAAGAACGGUCUCACCGUGAUGAUCGACGUCAAACGCUACGAGUACUACCUCUCCCAUUUUCUAUCCGUCGGGUUCAAGAUUUUAGUUCACGGAACUCACGACGAGCCGGAGGUGCGUCAGCGAGGAAUGGCCAUACCGCCGGGACAGGAGAUUUUCGUGGCCGUCACUGCUGAGGAGACCUACACCACAGCGCGUGCCGAGUCCAGUUUCACGCCGGAGGAGCGGAACUGCUACAUGGAGCACGAGCGAGCGCUGCGGCACGCCGACACCACCUACUACACGCUGGCCAACUGCCUGCUCAGCAGAGAGGCCCAGGCGCUGGUCGACCGGUGCGGCUGCGUGGCCUUCUACGUGCCAGGUAUGAGAGGGUGGAUUUAG